AUGAAUAAUAUAUAAAAAUUUUUUGAAGACAUAGACACAAUGGAAACAAGAAAAUCAUUUGAAGCAUUUACUAAAUGCAAAGGGACUAUUAUUUUCGGAGCAAAGGUUGAAUUAAUAUAUUUAGAAUAUAUAGAAGGACUUAUGUAACAUCAUAGGAACUCUAACCUUAAUAAUAUCUCUUAUUGUUUUGUACUUAAUUUUUAUAUUCCCUGCAGCACAAGACUAUUAAUAUGAUGCUCUUGCAAUUAUAAUUGCUAUCUGCUCUAUUCUUCCAAUCAUAACUCUUUUGAAUGUUACCAUGACAGGUUGGCUUAAUCAAUAUUAAUAUUAUUAGAACCUGGUGUCUUGCUUAGAGGAGAUUUACCAGAUCCAAAAUUAUAAUAAUAAUAAAUCAAGCCAGAAUAAAUAUCUGAAUAACAAAACAAUACUUCUGAAUAAUAUGCUUAGAAAAAUGAACCACAUUAAAUUGUAUAAAUAGCAGAAUCUUAAAAUUAACUUGAGUAGAAUCCUGAAUUGCCAAACAUUUAUACAGCUAGAUAUUGUACAACUUGCAAAAUUAUGAGGCCUUCAAAGGCUUCUCAUUGUAAUUUUCAAAGAAGUAAUUAGGUAAACACUGUAAUCACUGUGUAGAUGGAUUUGAUCAUCAUUGCUUUUGGGUUGGUACUUGUAUAGGAAUUAGAAAUUGGAGAGCUUUUUUAAUAUUUCUGCAAUCGUCCUUGAUUGUUAUUACGCUAACUUUAUGCUAAUGCUUAUUAAAUUGUAAAAAUUAUAUCUAUAAUAACAAGUAUCUAAAUAAUAUUUAGAUAUUUAUGAACUUUGGAUAUUAAUGUUUAAAUAAGCUAGCAUCCCUCUUAUAUCAAUAUACGGAUUAUAUUUUAUUUGCGGUUGUUGGAAUCAUCAAACAUAUUUGAAUGUUUUAAUUUUAAUGGUGAUGUUCUUGCUUCCAAUAAUCUAUGCAGCUGUACUCAUGAACAUUGAAAAUGCUUAUAAAGACUACAGAUAUUAUUAGAAUCCAUUUAUAACCAUUUUAAUUACAAUUGCGGUGUUAAUAUUCUUUCUUUUCCUUCUCCCUGUUAAUGGUGUCAAUUGCUAUUAUAUUUCGAUAGUAAAAUUACAAAAUAUAUUAUUAUUGUAGGGAAAAACAGCAAAAUAAACGCAUUCAGAAGACCAAUUUUAUAAUAGGAUAAGGCAAUUUGACAAACCUAAAUAUACAUUCUCUGGAGUCUUUCGAAAUUUACUGUAUUUUUACACAUAUCCAAUACCAUAAAGUCGUAAUUAAUAAUGA